ACAUAUUUAACUUAGUAAUUAAAAUGAGGUUUAUCUCUAAUUGACCAUUUUUUGAAUGAUGGAAAGUGAGUUGCAACGGAAGCAACCCGGAACCAGAAACUGGGUACGCAGAAUUCUCAUGGCAGAUUAUGGGGGGGGGGGGGGUAUCCCUUUACUCCUCCUUUUCACCUCUCUCACUCGAUGGAGUACAUGAACCUGUUUAUAAUCAUCAAGAUGAAUAUGCAGAGCAGCUGGAUAAUCAUUCAUACUAGCUUUUAGUUGUCUACCAGUCCACAUAAGUCAUCACCGAAGCAUUUUGGAGACCGAUUACAAGAUUACCAAAAGGAAAGAAAAAUAGAAAGAACUUGAUUUUAUUUUGUAAGAUUAAUAGUAUCGGUCUGGAUAUUAGGGACGAUUGGAUCAUCAUUUUUGUCUUCACUUCUCAGAUUCUAUGGUGAUAAAUAUUUGUUUUUCCUUGUAGAAAAGGAUAAAGUGACAAUGAACAUUUUGAGGUUCUUAACCACUUGUGCUCUUUGGUUAGGAAUCUGCAUUUUGGAAUGCUCUUCAAGACAAGUAUGGGAUGUGCGACUGUGGGGUAACCCCAUGUCCCCUCCCAGGAGCGACGGUAUAGUGGAGAUAUAUCUCGGGAGCAAGGGCUGGUUCGGUACCUGCGACAAAGAAUGGGGGAUAAACGAAGCCAUAGUCGUCUGCAGACAGCUGGGAUUCCCGGGAGCCAUCGGGGGAUUCCCAAACGUGAUGCAAGCUGGAGGUUCGCUUCUGCUCUCCCGCGAGUGGAGAUGCUCUGGGACCGAAAACGCUUUAUAUGAUUGCAUUAACUACCAUCCUACAUAUCCUUGCUACCAGUUCGCAGGAGUCAAGUGUCACGAACCGGGCUACCUCGGAUGUUUCCAAGAUACGUUUGGAGCCCUGACCUCGACACUCGUCGACAACGUCAUCGUAGAACCCGACAUGACAGUGGACCGAUGUCGCCAGUUCUGUAUGUUCCGUCAUUACCGAUUAUAUGGUCUGAAAAAUGGAAACGAGUGUUAUUGUGGUUUAGUAGAAUCCGAGAUUGGAGACCAUACCAAGCUUUCUGACGCGCAGUGCCAGACACCGUGUCCCGGUGAUUUCGGGCAGGUCUGUGGAGGAAACCGAACGGACACGGACAAACUCUCCGUCUUCGAUGUGAACAUGGGAGAAUGCGAAAACCCAGGAACCCCGGAGAACGGUGUCCAGCUCGAAUCUCGCUUCAUGUUUGGAGACAUCGUAAGGUUUGCAUGCAUGCCCGGUUACGAGCUUCUCGGGAUAGACGCCAUUCAAUGUGUUCUCGCCCCCGGAGGACCCGGCAUGGGGGUCAUGUGGAGUACCCCUCUUCCUUACUGUGCCCUAAUCAAAAUGACCAGCCCGCCUGCACCAACCACCGAACCAACCACCACAAAAAUGACUACUACACCCACUACAACGAUGAGAGAAACGACUACGACAAUGAAAACCACGACAACGCAAGAACCUGUGAAAACGACGUCGCCAACGACGACGGAACGAAGAACCACUGCGCGUGAAACGACCACCGCAGAAAGCAGCAAGAUGAUGCUGACGGAAGAGCGAACGACCACGGAGGAAAUCAGGGUUCCAGUUGUCACGACACCGAAGACGACGAUGCCCUCUGAUGAACCGUCAUCGUCGACAUCGGAAUCUAUGACCAAGAGAAUGACUUCAGAAAGGCAGUCGACCGAAGAAAUGACGUCUGAUGAGAGCACAAAGACGACAAUGGCAGUGGAAGAGAGAGUUAAUGACGUUACGAAUUAUACCGAUUACAUUACAAAACCAACAACAGCUCCAGGAAACAAAACGGGGGACAAUGACGCAGGCGCACAAAAAGCGUUCAAUUUAUUCACAAUGAUCAGAGAACAUUCCAUUCUCAUCGCUCUCGGAGGAACUUUCUUAAUUUUGUUAAUUCCGAUCAUCGUCAUAGUCAUUUUCAAGAAGGCCUGCAGGAGAAAAAAGUCUCCUUCCAAGAUCCAGAUCGAACGGAACAUGGAAUAUCAGCUCGGCAGUGAAACCACCGGGUUUACGUACGAACCCCAGCCGCAAUCCCGACCUCGGUACCAGUCGUUUAGGAGAGGCUUCAAGCGGUUUUCGAAACGGCCCUGGUCCGACCGGGAGGAAGACAGCAGUGACGAGGAACUGUAAAAGCAAAAGAAGUCUUUCUUUCUAAACAAGACUUGCAAUAAAACUAAUAAUUUUCUCCCGAGAACUGCGUGUAAUGAUGAUCAUGAUAACGGCUUGCUUUCGACGUCAUCGAUUUAAAGGAGCCACUUCAAGUCCUCAAUUACUCAUUUUUGUCCAAGCUCCCUACCCAAAAUGUAUCAUUUUCAGCACUGUAGUCUUGUAAUAUAAACCAACCUGAGUGGUAGGCCACUAUUCAUACCGCUAAGAUUUUGUUACCAAGUAGCUAUAAAGAAUGUUACCUAGAUAAAUUUUAGUUUCUAGGCUAAUUUAUUAUCUGAAUUAUCAAUAAUAAUCUGAAAUGUACAUUUUUAGACUAGCUGUUUAAGCACCAGUCAAUUUAUCCCACAUAAUUAAUGGAGACUUACUGAUUUACUUGUAAAGUUACAUGUACUCUAUAUCGUCCAUCUACAGAGAAGUAUGUAUUAAAACUGAGACGAGUGUCUCCAUGGCUGCGGUUUGACUGAAGUGGGAACAUUGUCCUACAUAAUUAGAUUGGAUAACCAUGAUAACUAGCACUUUUGUGUCAAUUGACCUUUUCACGCUCUUCAAUCAGCGGUGUUGAAGAAUUAUCCAAGCUAGAACCUGGUCUCCUAUUCAUAACAUAAAAUAAUGAACAUGUUCUGAAGUUAAGUGUACUUUUACGAAAGACUGGUGAAUGAUUCAUGAGGACAUUUUCCCCCUAUUUUAAUAGAAAUUUAAGUGUUUUUCUUAUAGCCCUUAUCAGACCUGAAGUUUCUUAAAAAUUACCACUGAUCUCAUUGCUACAAUUAUAACUGCAAGGUAAGAACGUUGGAUUUCAAGAGUAGUUGACAGAGCUGAUGCAAUUGGUGGUAAUAAAAAUGACAGAGGAUCUUAUUUUAGCGCCCAAGAGAGGGGCAACAGUCGCUCGAAAAGUCUCGCGUAACUUGAUGAAACACCUGACAGUAGAAUACCCGUCUUAGAUCUUUGGAGUCAUGGUGAAGGUGAUGAUGUCAGUAUUCAGCAUUUGGUUGUGCAAGAAAAAAAUGUAAUGCGAAUAUUUCGGAUUGUAGAUAUAUACAAAUAAUUGCAAAUCUAUAUCGUUUUCGUCUAAUUAUAUGUUAAAUGAAAAUCCCUGCUAUUAAUUGGCCUGUGUACCAAACGAACUAUACAGUCAUUGUAAUUACCAUUUCACACAAGUAGAUUGUUACGUCUUGUAAAAAUAAUGCACAUACUGUCCAGAAAUGUUUAUACAAAUUGUUCUAAAUAUAUUAUUUCAGUGCAAUGACCACGGCCUCCCUCUCUUUUUUUAAGGGGGGGGGGGGUUAGAAUUAGGUGCUUGGCAUCUUAUGCUGUUUUACAAACGAUUAGUAGGCCUAUAAAAUAGUAUCAUAUAGUAAAUUAUUAUGUAUAGUAUGUAUGGAAUCCCGUGUAACAUAUUUGAUAAAAUGUUAUGUAACCUUGUAUUACAAUGAUUUGUGUCAUGGAUGUUUUUUUUGAAGUCAUUCCAUGACCUCUUACUUUUAUACGUGCCACUAGUCUUUGUCCUCUUUCCCAUUUCUACAUCAUCACCCUUUUAUCAUCAUCAUCGUCAUCAUCGUCAUCAUCAUCAUCAUCAUCAUCAUCAUCAUCAUUAUCAUCAUCAUAAAUCAUCGAUUAUCAUCCUUGUUAUUAUCUUCUUAUCCCCCUCCACCUCAUUCUUCUUCUUUUUUUUUCUUCUUCUUUUUCUUUUUCUUCUUCUUAUAUUUCUUCUAUUCUUUUCUUCUUCUUCUUCUUCCUUUUUCUGCUACUUUCUUCUCCUUCUACCAUGUAUUCUCCUAAAUCUCCUACAUACUGUUAUUCUUGUCAUUGAUCAACAUCACAGUCAUUCUUUUUUUUCCCAUUUCCUUCCUCUUCUCUCCCAAUUCUCAUUCGUUUUCUUGCAGUUGUGCUUGCUAUUUCUUUUCCGAUUUUCUUCGUGUUCUUCGACUUUUUAAUUAUUAUUUUAAUUGUUGAUAUUGAUGUUAUUUUAUUUUUAUUUACCAAUAUAAAAACAAUGCAUAUAAAAUUACAACAUAAUAUGAUACAUGAUAAAAUAACAUUGGAUGGAUCGUCCUACUCAGCUGAGACAUUACAACACAACUGUUCGGCCGAGGGGUCCAGCUAUAUUAAAUAAACAAGAUGAAAUUCCAA